AUGGACCUAUUUCAGGAGGAAGAAUUAUCAAUUCCCAACUUUGACUUGCUAAUGUCGUCGCCAUCGUCGUCGUCGUCGUCGCAGAACGGUGAGACGCGGACACGGAAACCCAGAAAUAAAGAUGGACCGAAGCGAGCACGAACGGCGUACUCCGUCGAACAAAUUUCACAAUUGGAAAUGAGCUUCAAACAAAACGCGUACUUAACCAGAAUCGUUCGCCUGCAGCUUUCGGAGCAAUUGGGCCUGCCGGAAGCUACAAUAAAGGUUUGGUUUCAGAAUCGGCGCAUGAAAGACAAAUUGGAAAAGCGGGCGCAACGUACACAAAUUUCUUCAACUUCACCGACACCAGCAACAUCAACGUCAUCAUCGCCUCAAACAUCGAUUCCAAACACACCCGUCAACAGCUUUUACGAUGAAAGCAUGGAUAGUUACUUGGGGUUCGACCUCGGAAACACCAAUGACAAUGUGUUUUCGAAUUUAUGGCAAUAA